CCAGUUGGCUGCAUGUCGACAAAAAUAGUUGGAAAGAAAAUAUUAUAGAAUACAUUUUAUAACGAUCGUACGUUAAAAUAUUAUAGAUUAUGGAUGUAAACAAAUUAGUAGAGGUGUUGAAGGCCACCCUUGAUCCAGAACAACGUGAAACAGCAGAACAACAUCUUUCUGAGGUUCACAAGAUCAUUGGGUUUGCUCCUAUAAUUCUCCAACUUGUAAUGGCAGAACAAGUUGACAUGCCAGUCCGACAAGCAGGUAUUAUCUACCUGAAGAACAUGAUCACACAGUUCUGGGUGGAGCAGAAAGCCGAGAACCCCACAGAUCCCGUGCCAUUUAACAUCCAUGAACAGGAUCGCGCAGCUAUUCGAGACGUCAUAAUCGAGGCAAUCAUUCACGCUUCGGAGCCAAUCAGGGUACAACUUUGUGUCUGUAUCAGCCACAUUGUGAAGCAUGAUUUCCCUGGACGGUGGACAAACCUUGCAGACAAGAUUGUUGGAUUCAUUCAGUCAGACGAUCCAAAAACAUUGAUGGGCGCUCUUUUGUCAUUGUAUCAGCUUGUCAAGGUUUACGAGUACAAACGUCACGAGGAGCGGAAAGUGCUCGAUGAACUGAUGGUUCACUUGUUGCCUCUGAUUUACCAGCGGAUCAUCCAUCUCAUGCCGGAUGUUGGGGAGCUGGCCAACCUGUUGCAGAAACAGAUUCUGAAAAUAUUCUAUGUCUACACACAGAACUGGUUGCCACAGGAUACUCUGAAACGAGAAGCCUUUACACAGUGGAUGGAAGUGUUCAGAAUCAUCAUGGACAGACCUGUGCCAGAGGAAACCCUGCAGGUAGAUGAAAAUGAUAGACCUGAGUUGCCGUGGUGGAAAGUGAAGAAGUGGGCAGUGCACAUCCUGGCUCGGAUAUUUGAGAGGUAUGGAAGUCCUGGGACUGUCACCAAAGAAUACCAGCAAUUUGCUGAAUGGUAUUUGAAGAGUUUUUCAGCUGGAAUUUUGCAAGUUUUACUGAAACUACUGGAUGAGUACAGACAACACAUUUACAUUGCACCCCGUGUUCUGCAGCAGGCUCUCAAUUACAUAAACCAGGGAAUCAGUCAUGCAUUCUCCUGGAAGUUCAUAAAACCACACAUGCAGGACCUGAUCCAACAGGUGAUAUUCCCAUUGAUGUGUCACAGUGAGGAGGACGAUGAACUCUGGAACACCGACCCACAUGAAUAUAUCAGAGUUAAAUAUGAUGUGUUUGAAGAUUUCCUGUCGCCUGUAAUGGCUGCUCAGAUAGUGUUUUACUCUGCCGCCGCUAAGAGGAAAGAGGUUCUUAACAAGGCUAUGGGUUUCUGCAUGUCCAUUCUUACCCAGCCGAAUGUCGAACCCAGGCAGAAGGAUGGAGCGAUGCACAUGAUAGGAGCGGUUGCCGAGGUUCUCCUCAAGCGUAAAAUCUACAAAGAUCAGGCAGAGAUGAUGUUGAUAAACCAUGUAAUACCUGAAUUCACCAGCCAGAAUGGAUACCUUCGAGCAAGAGCGUGUUGGGUGAUCCGCUACUUCUGUGAAUUGAAGUUCAAACAGGAGCGGAACCUGAUCGUGGCCGUGGAGGCUGUGAAGGAGUGCCUGUGCAAUGACAAAGACCUGCCCGUCCGAGUGGAGGCUGCCUUAGCACUUCAGAUGCUCAUCACCGAGCAGGAGAAAGCAAAAGUAUACAUACAACCAUUUGUGAAACCAGUUGUUUUAGAACUUUUACAAGUAAUUCGAGAAACCGAGAAUGAUGACCUUACAGCAGUGAUGCAGCGGAUAGUAUGCACUUACGUUGAUGACGUUAUUCCAAUUGCAGUGGAAAUGAUGACUCAUCUGGCUCAAACCUUUGCACAAGUUCUGGAUUCUGACACUGAUGGUUCUGAAGAAAAAUCUAUAGUUGCCUUGGGUGUACUUAAUACAAUGGAAACAUUACUCAGUGUUAUGGAAGAAAAUAAGGAGAUUAUCAUUCAGUUAGAAGGAAUAGUUCUUACAGUCAUAGGACAUAUACUUCAACAAAACAUAAUAGACUUCUAUGAGGAGGUUUUAUCUCUGAUCUACAGUCUGACGAGUUCACAGGUGUCACACCACAUGUGGGAGGUGCUGGGCAUGAUCUACCAGAUGUUCCAGAAGGAUGGAAUUGACUAUUUUACAGACAUGAUGCCAGCACUUCAUAACUACAUCACUGUUGAUACAGAUGCUUUCCUUGCAAACCCACAGUACAUUCAAACCAUUUAUGAAAUGUGCAAGACAGUUUUGACGUCUGAUGUUGGAGAAGACCCAGAAUGCCAUGCUGCUAAACUCCUAGAAGUUAUCUUGUUACAGUGUAUCGGGAAAGUGGAUGCAGUCGUUCCGUCAUUUGUGGAGUUGGUUUUGCAGCGGUUGACACGUGAAGUGCAGACAUCUGAAUUGAGAACUAUGUGCCUACAAGUUGUGAUAGCUGCCCUCUACUAUAACACACACCUGUUGCUGGAUACCUUAACCAAGAUAUCCAUGCCCAAUGUGCAGGGCUCCAUUGCAGCGCAGUUCUUUAAACAGUGGAUACAUGAUUGUGACUGCUUUUUAGGAUUGCAUGACAGAAAAGUGUGUGUUCUCGGUCUGUGUUCACUUAUUAACAUGCCUCAUACAAGACCAGCAGAAAUUGCUGAGCUUAGUACCCAGCUUAUUCCAGCCUCAUUGUUACUGUUCCAGGGUUUAAAACGAGCCUAUGCAAGUCGUGCAAAUGAAGAUGAAGAAUCAUCGGAUGAAGAGGAAAUAGAUGAAGAAAACGAAACGGAGGUUCUAGAUAGUGAUGAAGAUGAGAUUGAUGAUGAAGGACUGCAAUAUUUAGAAAAGUUAGAAAAAGCGGCGAAUGAGGACGACAGCGAUGCUGAAUAUACAGAUGAUGGUGCUGAAGAGACAGCUUUAGAAAGUUACCAGACUCCACUGGAUGAAGAGAAAUGUCCUGUUGACGAAUACGUCAUUUUCAAAACCAUCCUUGAAAACGUACAGGGAGCCGAUUCCCAGUGGUAUAAUUCACUAGUGAGUCAGCUGACUCCCGACCAGCUCAAAGAGAUUGAGGAGAUAUUCACACUGGCUGAUCAGAGGAAAGCAGCUGCAGAAUCGAAGAGAAUAGAAGAACGAGGAGGCUAUAUGUUCACAAAUAAACAAGUUCCUCAAACAUUCAACUUUGGGGGACAGAUGUCUUAAUAACAGAAUACUGCAUAAGCAAAACAGUGCAAAUGUGAUGGUGACUGAUUCAUUUCUCAGUAUUUGGCAAAACAAUUCAGACAUUAGGAAGAAUACAGAAUGGCCGAAUCUGCAUUUAUUGAAAUAUGUGCUUGUUUGCAAAAUGAACUCUUGGUGACUUUAAGUGGACUGAAAAGAACGUCCACUGCUCUUGUUUUGGUUGCUUCUGCUUGUGUAGAAAACCUUGGACAAUGCCAGUGUUGCCAAGACGACGACCUAUUGUGAACUCUGUCAGUGAGCAACUCUGGCUUGCUUGAAGCUGAAGUGUCCCUGUUUAUCAGCAAUCUGUGAUAUUGAGAAGUACAUUGUACCUAGGAGAAGCAGGGAGCAUGUGGACAUGAGUGAACAUUUUUCCACCCUCUCGGGGGGAAAAUGUUCAGACAACUUCACUGGCACACAUUUCUCGUUUUGGUUUUUUUGGUCGGGAAUUUGGUUUCUUUGUGAUUAAAGAACACACUUGUGAUUGUUCAGAGUUAGCAUAAAAUUACUAAAUGACGAAUGCAGUAUUUCAGGUUUUCAAUUUGCACCUUCAUGCAAAAGAUAUUCUUUCAAAUAAAUUUUUGUUGUUGGACAAUUUAUAUUUAUUGGUGCAUAUUGUUUCUGAAAUUUGUUAUGAAAAGAAAAAGUAUUUUUAUACUUGUGUUAAAUUCUGAAAGUUUCUAAUAUGGAAUGUUAUUUCUUGAAUACAGAGCUAAUAAAAUAUGCAAAUUUUGAUAAAUCUUGUAAAAUAAAUAAACAUUGUUGUAGGGAGUAUGUUUAGAAAGAUGGUUUCAGUUUUCUAUACAGGGUUCAUCCAUAACAGUUUGUAGAUGUUUUG